AUGGAUCCAACAAUAGAUACGAGUUUUCUGCCUGACAAGGAUCGCGAAGCAGAAAUUGAAAAGAAGAAAGUGGAGCUUGCCGCCAUUUGGAAAGCACAACAAGAGCGGGAGAAAAAUGAAGAAAUUACUGUAGCAUUCGCCUAUUGGGAUGGUUCAAGUCAUAGGAAAAACCUGAAAGUUAAAAAAGGUCAUACAAUUUCGCAAUUCCUCACAUGGGCCAUUGAGGUACUCAAAAAGGAAUUCACUGAGCUCAAGACAAGCGUUGCCGAAAACUUGAUGUUCGUCAAAGAGGACUUGAUCAUUCCACAUUUCUACACGUUUCAAGAUUUUAUUGUGACGAAGGCCAUGGGGAAAACUGGACCUCUGUAUGAGUUUGAUGCUGCUGGAGAUGUGCGGAUACGACAAGAUGCUGCUCUUGAUUGCGGAGAAGCGCAUCCAGCUAAAGUCGUUCUACGAAGUUGGUACGAGAAAAACAAACAUAUUUACCCAGCAUCACGAUGGGAGCCCUUCGUCCCUAAUAAGAAGUAUGGACGAACAAUUGAUGACUUAUCUACUAUUUGA